CAUUGUGACCGUCCUCCUCUCUACUUCGCCUCUCUCCAACACAACUGAAGCGACGGACGACUAAGAACUGCAGUCCAACUCUUCAACCGACGAACGGCCAGGUAAGAGGGAAGAGGGAGGACGAGCCCAGCCCCGCGACGGUCGCCUGCAAGGACAUCGGCGAGAGAGUUCCAGGGUUUUGGGGCUUGCGUUCUUUCUCUAUGAGGUUGCAGAAUUAUGGCUUUAGGAAUUUCGUAGGCUGCGGGUUUGGGAUUUUGCUUCCGAUGAGUGGCCCUGUGAAAAUGGUGGGACUUUCGCUGGGGGAGAAGCAUUUCAUUAAGGGGGGCAUCGAUCAGAACAUCCGUAGUGAUGGCCGGAAGAGAGACUAUUACAGGCCGAUUUUUGUCGAAACUGGUGUAAUUCCUCAGGCAAAUGGCUCUGCUCGUGUUCGAAUGGGGGCAACUGAAGUUAUUGCCAGUGUGAAGGCAGAGCUCGGAAAGCCAAGUGCUUUGCACCCUGACAAAGGCAAAGUCGUCAUAUUCGUUGAUUGUAGUGCUGUUGCUGAACCGACAUUCGAGGGAAGAGGGGGCGAGGAGUUAUCGGCUGAACUCUCAGUUGCCCUUGAACGCUGCCUCUUAGGUGGCACAAGUGGAGCAGGUGCAGGAAUCGAUUUGACUUCCUUGAUUGUAGCAGAAGGAAAGAUUUGUUGGGAUCUGUAUAUCGACAGCCUUGUCAUUAGUUCUGAUGGGAAUCUACUUGAUGCCUUAGGUGCUUCCAUUAAGGUACCCUAUGACGAUCCACUAGAUGCUUGAUGUAUUUUUUCCAUUGUAGUUCUAUAGCUCAAAGUUGAUGAAUCAAACUCAAGCAAGUUAAUAAAUGGGUUAUAGUUAGCAGUCUAGCCUGUUUAGGUUCCAUAUUCUAUACAUAUUGGAUGGAGAGCUUUACGGAUAAGUUUGUAAAGAUUUCAAUGGUUGAAGGGCAUGUGAGUACAGGUUUUUUCUUAUGGCAUGAGUUCAGCUUUUUAGUGCAGGGUCACAUUUCAUAUCUUUCCGUGUAGUCGAGUAAAUAAAUAAGUUGGUGACUUAUUUGAAUGCUCUUGUGAUGGUUUUCUUAUAAAACUCCAUAAGGCUGCCUUGGCUAAUACCGCCAUCCCGAAAGUCAACAUCUCAGCUGCUGCAUCAGCAGAUGAACAGCCGGAGGUGGACAUAAGCGACGAAGAGUUUCUACAAUUUGAUACUUCUGCAGUCCCUGUAAUAAUCACGCUAACACAGGUAGGGAGGCAUUAUAUUGUGGACGCAACAUCAGAGGAGGAAUCCCACAUGAGCUCUGCGGUUUCCAUUUCCGUCAAUCGUAAAGGGCACGUUUGCGGGUUGACCAAGCGAGGAGGUGAAGGCCUUGAUCCCAGCGUUGUUUCUGAUAUGAUUUCGGUUGCUCAACACUUGAGCGAACUGCUGAUGAGCAGAUUGGAUUCUGAAAUCUCAGCAGCAGAGGCCGAAAUUGGAGACGACGAAGAAUCGUGAUGCUGACGAUUACUGCAGCUCGGUCGUUUUUGUUGUAUUUGAAAAUGAGCGCUUUGGAAAAAAAUAUUUGGAUUUUUAUGGAUUUAUUGUAUUAUAGAUUUAAAGAGUUUAUUGUUUGCAACUUUGCAAGAAUGAUAUAUUUAUGAUGAAUUUGUUGCGAACAUCUAUUGCCAUGAUAGAUUUUCUGUCUUUCCACCAAAUUUCAACAUAUGUACAUAAAAAAGAUUGAAUCUGAGGAUUGUGAAAUUGUGUCGGAAUUCGGAAAGGUUAGUG